GGAGAGUUGAUGCUCUUCGGAGAUUCGUGAAAGCUACCACUAUAUGAUAAGAUCCGUAUAAUCAUUAUCGGAAGCUGUCCAAGUGACUAGAUUGCCGCCCUAAGACAGGAUGAGCUUCUUGUUCCUACUUUUUAUGGUGUUCUUUGCACCCUUUCUGCUACUCUUAGGCUUCUCGAGAUUCAUCGCACCUCGUCUUCGGACUUAUUUCUCAGCAUCACCUGCCGGACCUGGGCUUGACUCAUAUGGGAGACACUACCUCCGAUCAAUGGUCAACACUGGGUCCGCUAUGUCCGAGCAGAUCGAGCUGCAGAAUAUGUUGGACGAUUCGGAUCACGAGGAGUGAUUGUGGUCUGGUUUUGGUUGUUCCAACCCUUCGUGCAACUUAGAACUCAAGAUCCGCCUUCUUUGGCAUUCCGCCCGUUACCGCUGCGUCCUGCCCCUCCUUGUCUCCUUCAGC